UAUGCUGGGAACUGAGAGGACAGGCUCUGCGGCCUCAGCCAGGGGCACUCAGGACGUGAUGGAGAACAAAGCCAUGUACUUGCACACCGUCAGCGACCGCGACACCGGCUCUAUCUUCGAGGAGCCCUUCGACGGAAGGAGUCUGUCCAAGCUGAACCUGUGCGAGGACGUGUCCAGGCCGCGCAGCUCCCCCGACGACCUGAAGGCGCUGACUCGGAACGUGAACCGGCUGAACGAGAGCUUCCGGGACUUGCAGCUGCGGCUGCUGCAGGCUCCGCUGCAGGCGGACCUGAGCGAGCAGGUGUGGAAGGUGCAGGACGCGCUGCAGAACCAGUCGGACUCGCUGCUGGCGCUGGCGGGCGCGGUGCAGCGGCUGGAGGGCGCGCUGUGGGGGCUGCACGCGCAGGCGGCGCAGACGGAGCAGGCGGUGGCCCUGCUGCGCGACCGCACGGGCCAGCAGAGCGACGCGGCGCAGCUGGAGCUGUACCAGCUGCAGGUGGAGAGCAACGGCAGCCAGCUGCUGCUGCGGCGCCACGCGGGCCUGCUGGACGGGCUGGCGCGCAGAGUGGGCGUGCUGGGCGAGGAGCUGGCCGACGUGGGCGGCGCGCUGCGCGGCCUCAACCACAGCCUGUCCUACGACGUGGCCCUGCACCGCACGCGGCUGCAGGACCUGCAGGUGCUGGUGAGCAACGCCAGCGAGGACACGCGCCGCAUGCGGCUGGCGCACCUGGGCAUGGAGCUGCAGCUUAAGCAGGAGCUGGCCAUGCUCAACGCCGUCACCGAGGACCUGCGCCUCAAGGACUGGGAGCACUCCAUCGCGCUGAGGAACAUCUCCCUGGCCAAAGGGCCACCGGGACCCAAAGGUGACCAGGGGAAUGAAGGAAAGGAAGGCCAACCUGGCAUCCCUGGAUUGCCUGGACUUCGAGGUCUGCCAGGGGAGAGAGGUACCCCAGGGCUGCCUGGCCCCAAGGGCGACGACGGGAAGCUGGGGGCCACAGGACCAAUGGGCAUGCGCGGGUUUAAAGGUGACCGAGGCCCGAAAGGAGAGAAAGGAGAGAAGGGAGACAGAGCCGGGGAUGCCAGUAAGGAAAUUCUUCUGGGGCCACUGGAUACUGUGGGCACAGGGGGAGCUGUCACCCAAGCAGCCCCACGA